AAAGUUGACAUUGACGUUUCCCGCACCUGCUCUAAACGGAUAGUGAAGUAUUUUUAUUGUUCACAUUGUUUUUCCUGCAAAACUUCGUUGAUUUUGCAUCCUAAAAAUGGUGUCUUGGAGCAGCAUUUCACGUCCAUUGACGGCUUUAUCCCAAUAUAGGAACAUUUUAAACUCACCAGUUUGCCGAAAUGCCGUACAACAGCAGAUACGAAAAUCCGGACAUGACCACCAUCAGUUUACAAUACAGCCUUCUCGAUUCCAGUGGAAUAAGUUCAAAGAUUUGUUGCACUUCUACGUCAUGAUCGGUCUUAUUCCUAUUACAGGAAUUGUUUUGUACACUAACAUWUUCAUUGGCCCAGCUCAGUUGACCGAAAUUCCAGAAGGUUACGAGCCCAAACAUUGGGAAUAUCAUAAGCACCCGAUUUCUCGCUUUAUAUCUCGGUACAUCUAUCCUUCUCCACAACAAGAAUAUGAAAAGGCCUUGCACCAUAUUUUUGAAGAAAAUGAGAAAGCAAUGAUAAGACAACUUGAGAAAGAGGUGAAUGAAAAAAUGGCGGAACGUAACGAUUAUAAAGCCUAUUACUACAGACCUGCCAUCGCCAAAUAUCAUAGAAUUUCUAAAGAGGCUGCCGAUCAAUUGGAAUCAAUAAGAGGCUCUAAAUAAAUGUUUUAAAUCGGUUUUAUUUGAUGAUUAAAGUUAAAAAUUGGAGAUUGUAAAGUUCCAAUUAAUA